AGCAUUUGACUGUGACUUGGGACGCGAAGAGAGGCGCGCAGUGACCGCCGCUGGACAGCCGGCGAUGGUGUAAGCCUCCCCCUUCCGCCUCCCCUCCUCCGAGACGCUGCCUGGCUCUCCCCUCGCCCUCUGGACAUCUACCCCUGCCUCGUCUCCUCCGCAUCCCCUGCGCUCCAGUCCGCUUUGGCGCUGCUCAGCGGAGGCCAACCCUAGGGAGGUGCAGCGCCGGCCAGGAUGAGUGGUUCCUUCGAUCGCAAGCUCAGCAGCAUCCUCACCGACAUCUCCAGCUCGCUUAGCUGCCAUGCGGGUUCUAAGGACUCGCCCACCCUGCCAGAGUCUUCUGUCACUGAUCUGGGCUACUACAGCGCUCCCCAGCACGACUACUACUCCGGCCAGCCCUACGGCCAGACCGUGAAUCCCUACACCUACCACCACCAGUUCAAUCUCAAUGGGCUUGCAGGCACGGGUGCUUACUCGCCCAAGUCGGAAUAUACCUACGGAGCCUCCUACCGGCAAUACGGAGCUUACCGGGAGCAGCCACUGCCUGCCCAGGACCCAGUGUCGGUGAAGGAGGAGCCGGAAGCUGAAGUGCGCAUGGUGAAUGGGAAGCCCAAGAAGGUCCGAAAGCCGCGCACGAUCUACUCCAGCUACCAGCUGGCCGCCCUACAGCGCCGGUUCCAGAAGGCCCAGUACCUGGCGCUGCCCGAACGCGCUGAGCUGGCUGCGCAGCUGGGCCUCACGCAGACACAGGUGAAAAUCUGGUUUCAGAACCGACGCUCCAAGUUCAAGAAGCUCUACAAGAAUGGAGAGGUGCCUCUGGAGCACAGCCCCAAUAACAGCGAUUCCAUGGCCUGCAACUCACCACCAUCACCCGCCCUCUGGGACACCUCCUCCCACUCCACUCCAGCCCCUGCCCGCAGCCAGCUGCCCCCACCGCUCCCAUACAGCGCCUCCCCCAGCUACCUGGACGACCCCACCAACUCCUGGUACCACGCACAGAACCUGAGUGGACCCCACUUACAGCAGCAGCCACCUCAGCCGGCCACCCUGCACCACGCCUCCCCUGGGCCCCCGCCCAACCCUGGGGCUGUGUACUGAGCACCCACCUGGCCUGCACCCCCUACAAAGGACCCAGGAUCAGGCAAAAGGCACCUCUGUCCUAGCCAGCGACACUCAGGAAUAAAUGAGGAGCAGAGGGGAAAGGCACCCCCUUUCCUUCCUUCCUGCCCCUUCCUCCAAGAGCUUCCAGGUGAAAUUUGCGUGGACCAAGGAUGUCCCCUGAACCUCUCUCUCCCUGCCUAGACACUGGGGUGCCCUUGGAGAUGGUGGGGCAUUCCACCCUAGUGGAGACAGCUGUCCCUCUUCUGCUCCAGGAGCCUGGAUUGACUUUCAAUGGCUCAUCACCUUCCAGCUUCUAAAACUUAGUACCUGUUCCCAGACUGAAGACCUUGGAGACCAAGGUACUGUGGAGGGUUUGCAGGUCCCGCCUGGGCUGGGGCGCCAGGCACCAUGGAUCCUACAACCUGCCAGGCCUGGUUCCUCCCAUGUCACCUGUGGCCUCCCCUGCUUGAGUGGCCCCUCUGCCAAAAAGACAUCGAAUGUCAUGACUGGGACCCAGGGUGGGGACCUGAACUAGCCCCCACCCUGCACUUCUAGCCCUCGUUCAAGAUUUGAGGGUUAAACCAAAGAACAUCCCUAAAGAGAGGGAAUCUUUUAACAUUUGAGGUUUCAGAGGAAAGAACUAAAGGAGCCACCUCUGUCUUCUCUCCCCCUUUGUUGAGAGAGAAGGAGGGUGGGUCUCCGAUGCUUUUCCUAAGGACCUACUCCUUCCGUGUACAGGACUUUGCACAACUUUGGUUUUAAAAGCUGUUGAAAAAUAGGAAAACAAAGGGCAUUGUUAACAGAUAGGACCAAAUCUCUCCUUGCUCAGGCACCUCUGUUCUGCCCUUGCCUCCCACCUCACCACCUCCUCUCCCCCAGUAAGUUGGCAGUUUUGGCGCCAAACGCCACAUCUCCUAGGAGACAUACCAGGCAAGACAAACCCCCAAACACCCCCUUUCUGGUGGCCUUGGAAACAGAUUGCUCCUGAGCUGGGGAAUGUCUGGAAGUGUGCAGGAGAGAAGGGGAGGGUGAUUGAUAACUUGUGCCUUUAGGGGUAAGGCACUGCCCCCACCUCCUGACCCAGACUUACCCCAAAGCUAACUUUCCUCCACCCCUGAUGUGGUAAAGCAUUGAA